GAAAAACAGGCAGCAAUUGCAACACGAAAUGAUCAGUAUUCUCGAUUCUGAUGAAGGCUAUUCAAAAAGAAACAAUGUCUUUAAAAGAAAAUGUAACCAGGAAGAAGAAGUGCUGAAGAUGCUGCAAACAUGCUUGCCGAUUAGAAUCGAGAAACUGAUUAAUUCAAGCGUUGAGAAGCAAUGCGAGUUCAAGAUUCUUAGUGUCGGAGGUGGAACAGGAGAGAUGGAUUUGAAAUUUGUGGAAAUCCUCCUCGAAGAAUUGAAGAAGCACAGCACAGAUGAUCAAAACACGACGAUAUAUCUGCGAGUGGUUGAACCGAAUUCGUCUUCGUGCAAACAAUACAGCGAAGCGGUAAAAGCACGUCGAGAUUUGCCAAUCCACGUCGACAUUCGUGAGCAAACGUUUGAUGAAUACAUUGAAAAUGAGCAGAACGCAAGUAGAGAAUUUGACCUAAUACUCUUUGUGCACAGCAUCUACUAUUUUGACGAAAAACAGGCUAUUUUGCAUUGUUUGGAUAAACAAUUAAGAGAUGAGGGAUGCCUUCUUUGCGUGUAUGCUGACGAGUUGAUAAUCAAGCAAGUGGUGUUUGAGAUAGCGCUGGAAAGAAAAUCUGGUGACAGAUUGACCAAUCUCGUUGAAAAAAAGAGACCCAAUAUGAUUGAAAUCGUUCAAAGAUGUCACUGGAGGUUUAACGAAAUUUUCAACGAAUAUCCUAUUGAUGUGUCGGAAAUUUUCGUCGGAUCAGAGAGUGGUGACCUGCUUCUUGACUUCAUAACUCAAGAAGUCGACUUUCGCAAGAAUGCCGAUGCAAGUUUGGUUGAUAGAGUUCUGGCAGUGAUCAAAAACACGAGUUUGGUGAAAGAUGGAAAACACCUUUGCAUGAAAACUGACACUCUGUUGGUCGUGCACAAAUAGAAUAUCGGAAUGAUGAUUUGCAAUAUAAACGAAAUAUAACGAACUUGGAUGUUAUUAUCUUGUUUUAACCUAUAUUUUGAACCGGACCGCCACCAUAUUGUUGAAAACAUUGAGAUUCGAAUC